GAUCUGUGACCAAGUUCAGUUUGAACAAAAACAAAGCUUAUGUGUUAUUUGUCAAUUUUCUAACACGAAAUUUCUGAAUAUUUGCAAUAUUAUCAAUUAAUUUGUUUAGUUUAUUUAUAAGUUUUUGAAAAAUGACAACAGCAGCUCGUCCAACAUUCGAUCCAGCUAGAGGCGGACAAGGUCGUGGUGAAAAAGAUUUAAGUGCACUCUCGAAACAAUACAGUUCUCGUGAUCUUCCUUCUCACACUAAAUUAAAAUACAGAGAACAUGGACAGAAUUCGGCCUCUGAGCUUAGAAAUAAAGAUUUUCGCAAAGAAUUGGAAGAUCGAGAAAAGGAACGUGACAAGGAUAAGACGUCGAAUCGUCGUAUGAUUGAACCUGAAAGAAGUUCAGCGCCUUCAAAUAAACGGCAAAAAGUGGAUCAAGUUCCUGCAGCAAGUCUCGAUGCUGAUGAUCCUUUAGAUGAAAAUGAAUCUGAUUCUGAUAGUGACGAUGACGAUACUGCUGCUCUUAUGGCAGAAUUACAACGAAUUCAAAGAGAACGGGCAGCUGAGCAAGAGAAAAAGGAAUUGGAGAAAAGACAAGAAGAAGAAAGAAUACGAAUGGAAAAUAUUCUUUCUGGAAAUCCUCUUUUAAAUUACUCAUCGCAGGCAAGUCGUUCUGAUUUAAAAGUAAGACGCCGAUGGGACGACGAUGUUGUAUUCAAAAAUUGUGCACGAUCCGAGCCAAAAAAGAAGCACGAAGUUUUCAUUAAUGAUUCCCUACGAAGUGAAUUUCAUCGAAAAUUUAUGGACAAGUACGUUAAAUAAUUAAUUAGAUUAUUAUUAUUAUUAUUAUUAAUU